AUGUUCUCUCUCCGGGUCGCUACACACGGUCUUCCAGGCCUUCGGGCUUUCUCCACGGCCCGCGUGCUGCAAUCCGAGUUGUCAUAUCAAGUAUUUGGCCCGGAAAAGGGCCAAGCUGUCCGAAAGCCCAUCCUGAUGCUCCACGGUCUAUUUGGUUCAAAGCAGAAUAACAGGACCAUUGGCAAAAUCUUGGCACGGGACCUAAAAUGUCAAAUCUUUGCUGUGGACCUCCGUAAUCAUGGCCAUUCUUUCCAUUCCCCAGAGCACAAUUACAACGUCAUGGCAGAGGAUGUGCAAGAGUUUAUCAAACACCACAAACUGGACAAACCUGUCUUGAUUGGACAUUCCAUGGGCGCCAAAGCCGCAAUGGCGGUAGCACUACGCUCCCCGGAAAGCGUGUCUGCAUUGAUUCCCGUUGACAACGCACCGGUAAAUGCAGCACUGAAGAGCGAUUUCCCCAAAUAUGUACGGGGCAUGCAGAAGAUUGAAGCCGAGAAGGUGUCAAAACAAUCCGAUGCCAACAAGAUUCUCGAGGAUUAUGAAGAGUCUCUCCCUGUCCGCCAGUUUCUUCUCACCAACUUGAUCCGCUCAGAGGAAGACAACACACUCAAGUUCAGAGUGCCGCUCGAUGUGAUUGGCGGUUCGCUGGAUCACAUGGCUGAUUUCCCAUUUAAGGAAUCGGACAAUCUCCGAUAUGAAGGCCCAACGCUCUUUGUGCGUGGCACUAGAUCCCGCUAUGUGUCGGAUGACACUAUACCGGCCAUCAAAAUGUUCUUCCCCAAUGCACAGAUCGCGGACGUUGAAGCGGGUCACUGGCUUAUCUCCGAGAAACCCGAGGAGUUUAGACAAGCGGUCGUGAAAUUCCUGGAAUCGAACUAG